AUGUCGUCUCAUCAGAAAUCAUUUUCUGCAAUUCUAACAAAAACAAAGACUACCAUUAAAACAACCUUUACUGUGUUUAAUAAACAAGAUGUGAUAGAUGCAAACGAAAUCACAAGGAAAUACUACGCCAUUGCCAAUGAUACCAAAUACUCUGACUCAAUUCAGGCUGUUUUUGAUCAAGCUAUCGAAGAUUGUAAAACUAAUGAUGUGAAAAUGAUUCAGCAUGCUUUAAUGACCUUUGUUACCCAUCAUCCUGGAGCUAGAAAAAGAAGACUCAAAAUUCCAUCUUUGACGCAUCGUAAUCCAAGUCUCUCUAUUCCUGCUAAACCAGUUUAUAUGGCCCCAGGUCCUGUCGUUGGUGAUAAACCAGUGGCUCCAAUUCAAGAUGUUAGUGGUGAAGAAUUUCUUGAUUAUUGGCGUGAAGAUCCAAAUUUGAACGAACAUCAUGAACAUUGGCAUAUCGUAUACUCUGAUCAACCACUACCUGAUCCUCAAUUCCCUGAUGACAAGAGUAAAGAAUAUAUUAAAGAUCGUCAAGGUGAACUCUUCAUUUACAUGCACAAACAAAUGAAUGCAAGGUACACUGCUGAGCGUCUUGCAAUUGGUUUGGGUGUUCAAAAACCUCUUGAAAAUUAUGAUGAACUUAUUCCAGAAGGUUAUGCCCCUUCAAAACAUUUAGUUGACAACAUGGACGAAACAACUUUUUCCACUCGCCCUUCUGGCUUAAAAUUAGCUGAUGUUAGCAAAGGUGGUCGUCCAGGUAAUUCCAUCAAAGUAGCUGAACUGGCACAGGCCCGCGACAAUAUUAGAAAAGCUAUUGAACAAGGUCACUUUGAUGAUGCAAAUAAAACUCCAAUUUCAAUUGAAUUGUUGGGUCACGCAAUUGAAUCUGGUCUUAGUCAACCUGGAUUUGAAAAAUAUAGUAUUCCGUUCCAUAAUAAUGGACAUAUGUUGUUAUCACUUAUCAAUUUUCAAAAUACUAAUGAUCUUGACCGUGGUGUAAUGGCUGACGUACGUGUCGCAUGUCGAGAUCCAGUUUUCUGGAGAUGGCAUAAACAUGUUGACGAUCUUUUUAAAGCUUAUCAAGAAAAACUAGGUCCAAAUCAUUUUAACGACUGCCCAUCUGUAAAGAUUUCAUCUGAUGGUAUUAUCCUCUGUUUCAAGGAUAAAAUACCAGGUAUUAAAGGAUUAAAGGAUCCUCAACAAGAUGAUGAAGCAACCAAGUGGGGUGAAAAGACUUUUGGUGGUCAUAAUUUCCAUAAAGAACAUGAUCAGCAUUCUACUAAUGAAUUAGAGACUAAGAUGAAACAAAGAAAAUUUACUUGGGUUGAAGAUGAUCAAUCAAGCCAAACAAUUGAAUAUCUUUUCCCACGAGAAUGGUAUUAUUUCUUCCGUGUUGAGAACACUUCUAAUAAGGACAUCACUGCUACUUUCCGUGUCUUCAUUGUUCCCAUCGAACUAUGCAACGAUUUUGCCGAAUGGAUCGAAGUUGAUAAAUUUAAACAAGAAAUUCCAGCAAAUUCUAGAACCGUUGUAGCACGUGAUUGUGAUCGUUCAUCAGUAGUGAGACAACCACCACAAAAAACUUUAGAUGAAUUAGAUGAUACAGCAAUUGCAACCGAAUCUGAAGAUGAUGAAUCUGAUGAAGAGACAUAUUGUGAUUGCGGAUGGCCAUUCCAUUUGUUAUUGCCUCGUGGUUCACGUAAUGGCAUGAAGUUUAAAUUAUUUGUAUUUAUUAGCGAUUGGGAGAAGGAUAAAGUUCCUCGGGUUACUAGAUGUGGUAGUUUAAGUUUCUGUGGUGCUGAAAAACCAAAAGAUAAAUAUCCUGAUAUCCGUCCAAUGGGCUAUCCAUUUGAUCGUCCACUCAAAGACGGUUCCUUCGAAAAGACAUUCGCCGGACUGCAAAAUACCGCCUCAAGAGAUAUAACCAUCCGUUGGGUUGAUAACUAUCCAGAUUGGGUUUAA